AUGGCUGUCGACCUCCUGGGCCCCCAGGCCGCGCCGCGGCGCUUCCCCAAGAAGCACGAGCUCGCCGUUGGUCAAGGCUUCGUCCACGACCAGCUGGAAGCCGACCCCGGCGGCAGCGUCGCGCCGGAGACGUGGAGGCGCGUCGUCUCGCUGCUGGAAUGCGCCGACCCGGCCAUAGCCACCAACGCCGCCGGCCUCCUGGACACACUCCUCCUCAGCUCCCCCGCGCGCCUCGCGUCCUUCGUCGCGUGCGGCGCCGCGACGCGCGUGCUGCGGCUCGCGCCGGCGCUGCUCGGCGGCCCGGGCGCGGACGCGGCGCGCGUCGCGGAGCUCGGGAGCGUGCUGGAGGAGGUCGCGAAGCAGGUGGCGCCGCUGCCCCGAGACGUGCUCGAUGCGCUGGCAGACGCCUUGAAGCGCGCCUGCGGGCCGCCCGCGGCCGCCUUCCCCAAGCCGCCGAAGGGCUCUGCGGUCUUCUGCACCGUGAACGUCGGCCCCGCGUGCGCGGCCGGCGCGGCGCUCGGCCAGGCGAUGAUGCACCGCCCGGAGGACUCGGACCGCCUGGCAAGCCCGCGGCACGCGGGGCUGGUGGAGGCAGCCGUCGGCGCGGUCGGCGCGGGGCGCGAGGGGUGGGACCGCGGCGUGGGGCGGUUCCUGAAUGUCAUAGCCGGCUCGGGCCACGCGCUCAUGGUCGCCGCCGCCCUCGAAGCCGACGGCCGCGCGCUGGGCCGCCUGACCGCCACGCUCGGCGGCGGGCCGGCCGCCAUCCGCGCGGCCGACCUGCUGCGGCGCUUGUGGAUGGUGGGGCGCUGCUCGGAGGCGGCGGUCCCAGCGACGGUGGGCAGCCUGGCGGGGAUGCUGGCACCGAGCAACGAAAUGCACGUGCGGGUGGCGGCCGCCGCGGCGCUCAGCGAGAUGGCGCUGGCCGGCGCAGACGCGCAGCGCCAUGCGCUGCGCGGCCCCGGCGGUGCGCUGCACGCGCUCGUCGCGGCGCUCGGCGCCGCCGACGGCCGGUGCGGCACCGCCGACGCGCUCGCGCUGCACGCAGCCACGGCGCUCGUGCGGCACAGCGUCUCGCAGCCGGCGAGCGCCGACCUCGGUGCCAUCGACGAGGCCUCGGCCGUGGUGGUCACGUCCGAGGUUGCGCGCGCACCCGCGGCGCUGGCCGGCCUCGGGCGGCUGCUGUCCGCCCCGCUGCCCUCUGAGGUCCGGCCGUGCGCCUCGCCACACGCGAUCGGCGGCGUCUGCUUUGAGUGCCUGGCAGACUACACUGCGAUAAUCCUGCGCGUGAUCUUCACAGGCGCGACGCACGAGCCGGACCCGCGCCGCAAGGCCGCCGCCGGCGCCGCGUUCGUGUCGCCGCCGCUCCUGCGCAGCGUCGCCGCCGCGAUUUGCGAGACGUGGCGCACACAGCGCACGGGCGCGUGCAGGGACUGCUGCAUCGCGCUGCUGGCCCUGGUUAACGGCAAGCCCGUCGCCACCUUCUCAGCAGCAGCAGCAGCAGCAGCAGCAGCAGCGGCGGCAUGA